AGCUUAUACAUUGCAAUGGUUUGUGCCUUUCUUCUGGGAUUUGGAGAUGCCUGCUACAACACACAGAUAUACUCCAUUUUGGGUGGUUUGUAUCCUACGGAUGAUAAAAGUACUCCAGCGAUGGCCCUAUUUAAGUUUUUUCAGGUAUAUUAUUGAUACAGGUGUUAAUUUCUAUUGGGACACAUUAUUAUUUGUUACACUAAUUGAGAUUUGGAUGGGCGAAGUCUGUAUUGUUUCCUGGGGUAUUCGUUGAACUUCAGAAAAUCCUCCUUUUAGUAACAUACAGCCGCAGAAUGAACUGCAUGGCUA